CGACCUUAUCCCCAAGCGUCGGUGAGCGGCUCUGGCUAUGUAUGAAAGGACCAUGCCGAGCCCCUGUGCAUCCCAAGCCUCCCCCUGGCCUUAGCUCUUCCCCCUCGCCCAACUUGACCGAAGCUGCAGAAAUUUCUGUCUAUAGUGCCACGGUUGCCUCCGGUGAAAUUCACCAUGGCCGAAGCCCCCUAGCUGCACCCCACCGCACCAGCCGCACCCCUUGAGACCCCUCGAAGCAUUGCCGCCGCUGGAGAUCGUAGAAGAGCCGAUGUGGACCGAAGUUUCUGAACCAGUAGAGCCUCCCGCCAUUGUUGAGGCCCCGCUCAGCCCCGAGGUCUGUAGCGCCUCCAACCACCAAAAAUGGAUGCCUCUCAUUCCCACGAGCACGUACAUGGUCGGAGCGCGACGGGAGGUGCACUGUGCCGCCGGUGAGCCUCGCCGGAAAAUUGCCUCUGAUUUGCCACACACGCGUGGGAGGUGGGAGAAGGACCCGACAGGAGGGCCCCGCCUGUCCGUGGGAGAGCCAAGCCUCGAGGAGAGCAAACCCACUGGAGUUGGAGAGAGAAGUAAACCUUCAAAAGUUUUGGAGUGCAAAUCUACUUCUCCACACACCUAAGGCAAGCAUCCUGAAUCCAUGUUGGCAUGUGUUGUGUGAUGAUGGUGGUGGUGCUUAUAUUGCGUAAUUCGAGGCUAUGUUAAUAUUAACAUCACAUGAGAUAAUACUUUGCAUUCUUGAUGCAUGCUACUCACAUUAUAUACAAUAGUGAAAUAUGGUGAUGGCAUGUGCUAGUUAUGAGAGGUCGUGGCAUAACCUAGUCAAGCGGAACGUGAUAGGUUAUGGCCUGGUCAUGAUAUGAGCACGAUGA